CGCGACGAGCUCGAGGACCACCUCCGCGCCGCCGCCGGCACCACCCCACCACCCGCCACCCCCACCGGCUACACCACGCCGCCCCGGCACACCACCUCCUCCUCCUCCAACCCCCUCCUCCACCUCCUCCACCCGCCGCCCGGCGCCGCGCCUUCCAAGGCCCAGCGCAUCGGCCUCUCCACCACCACGACCCCCUCGGGCUCCAACCCACCCAGGCCCUCCUAGCUCCCUCCCCUCCCCUCAACCCCCCAAAGUCCAUCCCCAUGGAGGUCGAGAUCAAGCUCCGCCUCCCCGACGCCGCCGCCCACCGCCGCCUCUCCUCCUUCCUCGCGCCCCGCCUCCGCCGCACCCACGCCCAGCGCAACCUCUUCUUCGACUCCGCCGCGCGGACCCUCGCCGCCGCCACCGCCGCGCUCCGCGUCCGCCUCUACGGCCCCGACGACCGCGCGGUGCUCGCGCUCAAGCGCCGCCCGCGCAUCGACGCUGGCGUCAGCCGCGUCGAGGAGGUCGAGGAGCCGCUCGACCCGGCCCUAGCGCUCGCCUGCGCCGGCGACCCCGCGCGCCUCGGCGGGGUCGACUCCCCGAUCGUCCGCCUCGUCGCCGCUGAGUACGGCGUCGGGGGGCACGCCGCGCCCUUCGUCUGCCUCGGCGGGUUCCGGAACACGCGCGCCGUCUACGAGCUCCAGGACGAGGGCCUCGUGCUGGAGCUGGACGAGACGCGGUUCGACUUCGGGACCAGCUACGAGCUCGAGUGCGAGACGGCCGACCCUGACCGGGUCAAGGAGGUGCUGGAGCGCCUGCUCACGGUCGCCGGCGUGCCGUACGAGUACUCCCGGAGCAAUAAGUUCGCCUGCUUCAUGGCAGGGAAGUGCUUCCUUGAGUAGGCAUUGAUCAGGUGGAGAUAUACAGCUGAUGCAGAGAGGUCCCCUCUGGUGAUCCAAGGACCAGGGCACAGGACUCCACAGCUGCAGCUGUUGUUGCUGCUGUUCCAGAAGACGGCAUCACGCCAUCUUGUCAGCACCAAAUCAGAGCAUUUGAUUGUUGUUGUGUGGCGGUGUGCGCUUUUGUGGGAGCGUUGUUCGGGAUCCAAUCCAAUGAACAUUUUGUCCAUUCAGCUGCUGUAGUGUGCGAACAAAUUAGCAAACUGAAGCGUGCGACACUGGAAUAGAUUUUGAGACACGGCAUGGCGAGUUUAAUGUACUGGUCACUUUGCCAUGAACAGCUUUUAUAUAGGUUAUAACCUGUGAUCCA